AUGACAACGAUGUUCGUCCAACUGCGCCGCGUGGUGUACCUGUUGGUACUUCUGCAGUGCUGUGCGAGUGUGGCAUUUGCGGAAGAUGUUGGUGAUACGGCCCCUACACAAUCUGAGGUAAAAAAAACUUUGCAGAAAAUGAGACAAUUGGCUGCUAAAAUAAAGGUUGAAAAAAAGGAUAUAGAAGAGAAGUUCUCUUCAAUGAACGAAGCAAGGGAAGAGUGCAAAGUAGCAGCUCAAAGUGCUGAGAGUGACGCGAAUGAGUGCAGAGAAUUUGCCAAAGAUAUUGAAAGUGUAUUAAAGAGUGAUACUGAUAAUAAGAAAGAAAAAAAAGCCAACGAACUUGUAAAACGGUGCACUGAGACUGCCAAAGAGGUGAAAAAAGUUGCAGAUGAUGUGAAUAAAAAAGCUGAGGCUGCUUCUGCUGCCGCAGAAAAACUUGUAAUGACUGCUGAUGAACUGAAUAGUGCUAUUAGUACCUAUGCGAGGCUCCAAUUUAUCCUCCCAGACGAAGAGGAGGUUAAAAAUGAGGAUUUUAAUGUAGAUAUCAACGAGUAUAUUAAAGACUAUGAAGAAAAAGAUUACGCAAUUGAGGUUAACAAAACCGCCACAGCCGUCAAGCAGGAGGCUGCCGAAGCACAGAAACAAGCAGAAUCAGCGACUGAAGCUGUAAACAACUUGAAGGAAGCUAUUCAAAAGGCAAAGACUGCAGCAGCAGAAGAAGAAGCGAAAAAAGCUGCCGAAGCAGAACAACAAAACAAAGCUGAGAACAGUACAGAAGGCCAAAUCAACAAUAAUGAGGAAAAUGGACCGAUGGAAACAACAGCUGAAAAUGGACCAAACACAGAAAAAAAUAUAUCGACUCUGGAGCAACAAAAUAAUAAUGGAGUAAAAGAAAACGGCACAACCGUAGGUUCUACGAACGAAAGCGAAACAGCUAAUAAGUCAACCGUUGCUGAAAUAUUAAAAUCUCAAAAUAUGCUAACUAAUACUUCUACAGGUUCAGUUCCGUUGAAUAUCUCUCAGUUAAGUGACAGCAGCAGUAGUCCUGCAUUGGUGCACAGUCCCUUAUUGCUGCUUCUUGUUUCGAUGUGUGUGCUGGGCUGCACUGUCAUUUGCUGA